AUGUUCCCGACGUUCAACGGCCGCGGCUGGAACGUGGUCGUGGCGGAAGCGCUGCCGGGCGUGCACGACCGCGUCGAAGUCGGGGACGUCGUGAUCUGCAUCCGGCCGGUCAACGCGCGCGAGAGCGUCAUCAAGCGCGUCACCGCGGUCGAGGGCCAGACGGUGUCGCUGUAUUCACGGGGCAGCACGGCGCCGACGCGGUUGCAGGUGCCCACCGGCCACAUAUGGCUGCAGGGGGAUAACCUGAUCAUGUCACGCGACAGCCGCGAGUACGGCCCCGUGCCGCUGGCCUUAGUCAGGGGCCGAGUGAUCUGCCAGCUGCUGCCGGACUUUAAGUGGGUGCAGUCGCGGCUGCCGGGCCAGGCCUGA